AUGGGUACCACAAAUGAUUCAAUAGUCAGAGUCUCUGAAUUGACCAUCACAGGCUUCGACCAUCUACCACAUCAGAAACUUCUUGGCUCCAUCAUCAUGAUUACUUAUGUUUUCAUAUUGAUCUUUUGUACCACCAAUAUAAGCUUUAUCAUUUCAGACAGACAGCUGCACUCUCCCAUGUACAUCUUCAUCUGCAACUUGGCAUUUGUUGAUAUAAUGUUUACUACUGCUGCGAGUAUAACAAUGAUAUCUGUGCUUCUUCUUGAAAUGAAAACAAUGUCCUACUACUCAUGCGCCUCCACUAUGUACAUCUAUCAUCUCGGGGACAUCACAGAAUGCCUUGCAAUAACCUUGAUGGCCGUGGAUCGAAUGCUCGCAAUUAAGUGGCCACUCAGAUACCACAACAUCCUCACAAACAGGCGCAGUAUCAUACUUAUAGUAGUAACCUGGCUAAUAGCUAUUGCAGCAAUGGGUGCUGUGACUGGAGUGGCCGAUGGGCUUCCAUACUGCCAGCCCAUAGUUAGAUAUGUGUUCUGUGACUAUCCUGCAAUGGUAAGAGCGUCUUGUGUGGAGCCAGAACCCUAUUUUAUUGUUGCUGUGAUCCUAGGGUCGUGGCUGCUGGGUGGCCAUUUUACCCUGAUCUUUCUAACAUAUGUUGUUAUUGUUGUCACUGUAUUAAGGUUAUCAGACAAGGGAAGUCGAAAGAAAAUGUCCAGUACUUGUAUUUCACAUGUCAUUGUGUGCACCAGUUACUAUGCUCCAAAGCUCGUCAUUGUACUGUUGACUAGAAUAGGGGUUCAUCUGAACCUCACAGAGAGGAAUGCUGUAGUGAUUAUUGCUUCAAUGCUGCCACCUCUCAUCAACCCAGUAACUUACUGCGUAACGACAAAAGAACUAAGAACACGUCUGAUUAAAUUGUUGACUCAAAACCGCAUAGCAGUUAAAUGA